CCGUUUAAACCAACGCGAUGUUCCUUUAAGAAACUGAGCUGGUUGGGAGGGGGUAGCUAAAGCCGGUCAGAUAUGGCGGAAUGGAAGCGCACUAUGUCGUUUCCGUCUUCAGCAAGCAUGACCUCGCUGGCUCGGGCUCUUUCCAAUAGCCGGUUAAAUCAGCUUGAUCAGUCCGAUGUGUUUCCGUUGCAGACAUCUAUCAGCCGGACCGCCAUGGGUCAGGGUCGCCGAAGGAGACUAUCGAGCAGCGCCAGUUUAGAGUCUGUGGAUAUCAGCCCCAGUGCCGAGGCGAGGGUCCUUGUCAUAAACACCGGCGGAACCAUCGGAAUGACGUAUCAGAAUAACGUUCUGUCUCCAGAACCAAAUGCUUUCGUCAAAACUCUACGCAAACUCCCCAUUCUGCACGAUGAGCAGUACGCACAACUUACACGGCUGUAUGACUAUUACAAGCCUCAGGAGAACACACUGGUGCUGCCACUGUCCAAACAGAACAAGAGGAUUGUGUAUACAGUCUUAGAAUACUCUCCCCUGCUUGACUCCUGCAAUAUGACCACAGAUGACUGGGCCAACAUUGGAAAAGACAUUGAGAAACAUUAUGAGGAAUAUGAUGGUUUUGUCGUCCUGCACGGAACAGACACUAUGGCUUACACUGCCUCUGCCUUAUCCUUCAUGUGUGAGAACCUGGGAAAACCUGUCAUCCUCACUGGCUCACAGGUGCCUAUCUAUGAGAUGAGGAAUGAUGGGAGGGAUAACCUCUUGGGGGCGCUGUUGAUAGCAGGACAGUUUGUUAUCCCUGAGGUUUGCCUCUAUUUUCAUCAUAAGCUGUACAGGGGCAACCGUGUCACCAAAGUGGAUGCUGGAAGCUUUAACGCAUUUACCUCACCAAACCUGCCGCCAUUAGCCAAUGCUGAAGUCGACAUUAAAAUUAACUGGGACACUGUGUGGCGAGCCAACACGACCGCCAAAUUCACUGUCAGCACACAACUGAACCGCAAUGUGGGUCUCCUGCGGCUCUUUCCAGGGAUCACUGCUGCUACAGUCAGAGCCUUCUUGCAGCCCCCUAUGGAGGGGAUCGUGUUGGAGACCUAUGGCAGUGGAAAUGCCCCUGACAACCGCGUUGACCUGCUGGAGGAGAUCCGGAAAGCGACAGAGAGAGGACUUCUCAUGAUCAACUGCACCCAGUGUCUCAGGGGCACGGUCACAACAUCAUAUGCCACUGGCAAGGCUCUGAGUGAUGCAGGUUUGGUUGCUGGGUGUGAUAUGACCCCAGAAGCUGCUCUUUCAAAACUGUCCUAUGUGCUGGCAAGAAAAAACCUCAGUACACUAGAGAAAAAGAAGAUGCUGAGCCGCAAUCUGCGUGGUGAGAUGAUAGCUGACCUGGACGGGGCCAAGCUUACUCUCAGCGACAGUCGAUUUAUUCAGGUUAUUGCCAAGUCCCUCAGCAUUAGCUGUAAAGAGGAGCUUGAAGCCAUUCGAGAUGCACUAACGCCCACGCUAGCCUGCGCUGCUGCUAAGAUCGGAGACAUUGAGGCAUUAGAGGCCAUAAGGGAAAUGGGCACUGACUUGAGCAUGGCUGAUUAUGAUGGCCGCACUUCACUACACAUCGCCGCAUGUGAAGGGCAUCUGAAAGUGGUGCAGUAUCUCCUGAGUCAGGGGGCCACCGUCUACGCCAAAGAUCGCUAUGGCGACACACCCCUUCGCAACGCUGUUCGCUUCAGGCAUAAGGAUGUAGUGAAGCUGCUAAGGAAAACUGGAGCUCACUUCUUCCGUGAUGAAAUGGAGGACGCUGGAACUGAGAUGUGCAGUCUUGCCGCAAGUGCAGACUUGGAGGGACUGGAAAUGUGGCACUUGGCUGGGGCCGAUUUAACCAUGUCAAGUUAUGAUGGACAGACGCCUAUUGAAGUGGCAAGAGCUGCUGGACAUGAGGAAGUUGUUGAUUUCCUACAACAGGCUCAAUACCGAACUCAGCAUCAGGCAGAUGAGGGUAAUGAGGUAAAAAAAAAAAUGUUUACAAGUCAUUUAACUGUAUGGCCGAAAACUAUGUGGACACCCAAACACCAAAACCAUAUGAGAUUGUUUAACGUUUCAUUUCAGAGCCAAGGGCAUGAAUGGGAGUUGGUCCUCCCUUUGCUGCUAUAACAGCUUCCACUCUUCUGAGAAAGCUUUUUACUAGAUGUUGGAGUAUGGCUAUUGGGAUUUGCUCCCAUUCAGACACAAGAGCAUCAGUGAGGUCAGGCACUGAUGUAAAGCUGUAAAGGCCUGGCUCAUAGUCGAUGUUCCAAUUCAUCCCAAAGGUGCUCAGUGGAGUUCAGGUCUGGGCUUUGUACAGGCCAGUCAAGUUCUUCCACACCAGACUUAUUAAAUCAAUUAUUUAUGGACCUCAAUUUGUGCACAGAAACAGACAAAAAAAAAAAACCUUCCCCAAACUGUUGCCACAAAGUCGGAAGCGUACAAUUCUCUUGAAUGUCAUUGUAUAUCGUAGCAUUAAGAUUUGUCUUCACUGGAAUUAAGAGACCUACCAAACUUGUUGGUGUCCACAUACUUUUGGCCAUAUAGUGUAUGUUUGUCAUCAUUUCGUGUUGUAAAAAAUCUUCAUCUUCCAUUUAAAACGGUUCAAAGUGAUGAGAAAAGGAAAUGUGAAUGUAUCAAUGGGGGAGAAAAAUCUAAAAAGUCUUCUUUAAGUCUGGCCUCAUGAUGAAAAUUGAUAAUAUAACACUUAUAUAACAAAUAAGUGGCCAGAAUGUACUGAUGUUUUUAGUGGAAGAAAUAUGUUUUUUGACAUAUUAUUUUUGUUUUAUAGGCCUAUAUACAACAUUAUUUAUAUACAGUUAUAUAUUAUAUAUAAUAUUUAUAUAUAGUUGUCAAAAGUUAACGCAUGCAAUUAAUAACAAAUUUUAAAUGCGUAUAUUUUUCUUAAUCGCGAUUAACGCAUUUACCAAUUUUCACAUAGAUUAUGACAUUUUAUUCAUCUCCCUGUGCGUUCUAAAUGCUGGUUGGAGUAGGGCAGAACGGUAUGGUUUGUAUGCAAUUCCGGACAUGGACACUGUCUGCCAUACUUUUCGUGUGAAAUUCAAAGCGGCCCCUGAUGACCUUGCGCAAAACGUGUGAAUUCCAUAUCCGAAGUGGAUAGCCACAGCCUGCCUUCUUUCAUCAUUUACUCAACUUUAUGCUGUUUUAAACUUAUAUGACUUUCUUUCUUCUGCGGAACACAAAUGAAGAUAUUUUGAUCAAAAUAUCGUAUUUUAUGUUCCGCAGUGAAAGUCAUACGAGUUUGAGAUGGGAUAUGGAUGAGUAAAUGAUAAGAGAAUUUUUAGGUGAACUAUUCUUUUAAGUGAAAUGUCUACCACUGUGCUAAAGUCACAUAAGCGACCAUUCUCAUGGAGUGUUCAUUCAUACAACAGUGCCAUUUUUGUGUCAUGAUUUGGUGCAUACUUCAGGUUAACAAAAAUUACAGUUAACAGUUUUAAGUUAACAACAAAAUCCCUCAUCUUUUUCUUGCAGUCAGUAUUUGAGGAGAAUGAGGAAGAGGUAAAUUGUGUUUUGAGCUGUGUUAUACACGGCAUACUUGAUGUUUAUCUGUUCUAAAGCAGUCGUAGUUUACCCUGAGCUGUGCUGUGAUUGGUGACUUGCAUGUUCCAACCAUGGUCAAACUGUAGUCCCUUGCUGAUCGCUUUUUUGUUCAUAAAUGAACAAGAAACUGGACUGGAGUGUGAACCGAAUUUAUCUGCUGCUGGAAUUGUGAUGCACUGCAUUUUUACUGAUGGACACAUUGAUCUGAACAGAACAAAGAGGAUUGUAAAGUUAAAACCUGUACAAUAAAUGUUGCUUUAAGCUUACACUUCAUAAGCUGGUAAUGCAAUCUGGACAUGCACAUUGCAUAACUGGCUUUAUUUUCUUAUCACAUUGCCGUGAAAUGGAUGCUAAAAAACAAGCAGACUUAAUAUUUUAGGAUUUAUUUGAUUUAUUUUCCUUUCUUUGGAGACAUUAAACUAUGAUGUCAAGCAAAGACAGGAAACAAGCUAAAACUUUUGCUUUAAGCAAUGCCGUAUGACAGGAACGGAUUAUGACUUGCAAAGGCCCUGGGGCCAGUUAUCUCCAAGGGCCCCCCUCCCCUCCCACCAUUUUUUUUACAUAGCAACUGGCCCAAAACUUGUUGAGGGGGGGUGGGGCGGUGGGGUUCGUUUUCAUUGUUGUUGGGUUUUCGAGCGGCAGGGCUCAGGGCCCCCCCGGGCAGUCAAGGGCCCCUGGGCACUGGCCCCAUUGGCCUGGUCGGUAAUCCAUCCCUGCCGUAUGAACAUAUACUUGGCUGUUAAAGCAUGAAUAUGACUGCUUUAAAGUGGAGUAAUGUAUUAAUAUAUAAUUAUAGUAUAUUGCAAGCUGCCCAAACGUUUUUGUAAAUUCAUGCUUUUUAUGCUGUGAUGAAAUAGCUGGUGCUUGUAAUAAAUAACCUCAAAACUGCAGCCUCUUUGACGUUUUAAGUGCAAAAGUGUGCAUACAGUACAUUUUUCUCUUAUUGUCUCUUCACUAGAAUGGCGAGUUUAUCGAGUUCACUGCUUGCCCAGCAAGAUCCUGAGGAGACCAUCCUACUUGCUGUCACUUCUUGCAAUUAUUCCUCUACUUUCUCAUUUUCAGCAAACCUCGAUUUUCUUUGCGAGCCCUUUAUAAAAGCACAAGCCGUAUUAUUUCUUUUUUUUAUUCUUUAGUCCAUCCCAACAGGUAACAAUCAGAUAUGAAUGUACUGUAAUGGUGACAGAAAAGGAUUCAUAAAUGCUAUAUCUGUAUAAGUACAGUAUUCAGGGAAUUUUACAGUAAAGUGUACUGUAACUACUGAUGUCAAAAAAAGAUGAUAACAUGUUGAUGUGUUUUAUGGAAUAGUGUGUUCAUUAGAAUAUGAUGUAUUUAUUGUUUACAUGCAGAAAUGCCCUUAUCUGACAAUCAGCCAACUGUAUGUAUAUACAGUUUACAGUCUGAAACUGAUCAGACUAAUGGAUGUUAUUUGUUCAUCCAAUGUUUUUUUUUUGUUGUUGUUUUUUUAUGUGUUAAGGCCUUUGCACACCAGAGGCGAUGCGAUAAUGCGAAACGAAAUGCCGAUGAAUGGCCCUUUCACAUUAAAAGCGAGGCGAAUGAUCGCCGUUAACACAUUCACAACUUUACAAUAGGUGGUGCUGAUCUACAAGCAAUUUUACCGCGGUGUUGUAGGUGGUGCAAAGCACCUCUAAGCUGGUCUUCCCUUCGCCCAUCAUAGAUGAGAACAUCACAGUGUGAAAGACAAACGAGUUCUCGAGCCAAUCGAAAAAAGAAAACUACAGCUGCAGCAGCGAUGAAGAGUUCGUUGUUUGGUUUGCUCAAUGAGAAAGUAAACCUUCAAGCCACUUUCACAAACUAUUUCAAUUCACCUGCAAGAACUCAUUUUCUUAAGGCAUAAUCUACAAUCACAUUUUCAUUAAACCGCACAGUGACGACUCUAAGACAUUACAGACAUUACAGCUUCAUUUUCUGUUAUAGCAUAAUUUUCUGUAAAGCUGCUUUGAAACGAUGUGUGUUGUGAAAAGCGCUUUACAAAUACAAAUGAUUUAACAAGCUGACUGAACAUGUACAGGCUUCACCACAGUCUGAGGGGUGAUUAGAAUGAAUAGAGUGUAAAUAUAAUAUUAACUUUAAAACAAAUGUUAUCAAUUGGAACAAUACUGAUAAUAUGCCUUUGCCACAUACAUAUAAGUGUUAUGUACAUUUGUUUUAAAUCACUGCGUAAUGCACACACAUGAUGUAAAAAGAAGUGUUAUUAAUUGGAACAUGAUUAUAUCUUAUUUUCAUGGACAUCUUACCUGUGUUAUUUACAUUUGUGCAAAAACCUGUAUGUUAUGAAUUAAAUGUGACAUCCAAGAGUCUGUAAAAUGUAUGCAAUAAAACCCAUCUUCAGUUGGA